AUGAAGAUUACAUCCUGGAAUGUCAGGGGCCUAUCUGCCCCUGACAAAAAGCACUUGUUCAAAAGAGUUUUGAACAAGUUAGAUUCAGAUCUAGUUAUAUUGCAAGAAACCAAGCUCAGUGGAGAAAAAGCUAUGGAACUUAUGAAAUACUGCUUCAGAUGGGAAGGUGUUUUCCAAGAUGCUCAAGGCACUGCUGGAGGGCUGGGAUUAAUGUGGAACCCCGCUUGUGUGGAGGUCAAUCCGAUUGCAUCAUGCAACAAUUGGAUGGCAUGCAUUAUUCACCAUAAAACAACAAACCUCAAUUUUCCUCUGUUCAACAUAUAUGGACCUAUUAGAACAGAAGAGAAACUGAAAGCCUGGACAGAAAUUACUGAUCAAGCUAGGUUGCUUGAUUUGGAUAAAACAAUAAUGGUAGGAGACUUCAAUGCUAUACUGGACAUCGAUGAAAAGGAGGGAGGUCUCAAGAAAUCUACAAAGGUGAUAGAUGAUUUCAGGGAUUUUCUAUCAAAUUGCAAAUUGAUAGAUAUUAUACCAAAAAAUGGUCAGUUUACUUGGACAAACAGAAGACUUAAUUUUUCAAAAAUCUCAGAAAGAUUAGACCACUUCUUUGUCGGGGAUUGGUGGAUAAGGGGUGAAUUUUUCAUGGAGACUAACAUUGUUCCUCAAAUCGGCUCAGAUCACUUCCCUCUAUCCCUUUCAAUCACGCAAGAGUUGACAGAAAAAACCAGAUUAGAAGAGGAAAUGGAAACUAUUAGUAAUCGGGUUAUGGUGGACGGAAUGACAAAUUUCGACAAUGAAUUAGAAAAAAAAUUAAAAGAACAGUAUGGGGAGAUUUUAAAGAGGGAAGAAACAUACUGGAAGGACAAGUCUAGAGAACUGUGGAUAGCGGAUGGAGAUUUGAACACAAAAUUAUUUCAUGCAUCCUCCAAAGCUAGAAGAGCCAAGAACAAAAUCAGCGCAAUCAAGGAUGAACAGGGCUCACUAAAAACAUCUGAGAAAGAAAUAGAGCAAGCAGCACUAGAUUACUUCAUAGGGCUAUGGGAGAAAAGGACCAGAAUGACAAUGAGAAUUUCCCUAUAA